AUAAAGUACGACCUGCACUCUUUCUGGCAAACUAUUGCCUAUAUAAAAAUUACAUUAAAUUUGGAAUAAUAUUGCUUUGCGUAGGUUCUGAUAAUAAAACAAUUGAACUAUUUUUAACUGGCAUUUGAUAUAUCUAUAUCAACUGUUUCUUCUUUCAGCAAUGCCCGUUUGUCUUCUUUACUAGUAGACUUUUAUGAGGGGUCGAAGCAAAUAUGGUAAUCUAGGUGCUCCAAUUUUAUCUGAAGAUCAUGAACUUCCAAGUGCUGAAUGGUUUACACAGUUUCUAGAUCACUUUGAUCCAACUGAUGCGCGUGUUUGGCAACAGAGAUAUUUCGUAAACGUUAGGUUGGGGUUAGGUUGGAGAGCACUAUAAGAAAGGUGGUCCAGUAUUUUUGAUGAUAAGUGGUGAAGCUGCAGCAAAUGCUAAAUGGAUGGCAGAAGGUCAAUGGAUCGAAUAUGCUAAGCAAUUUGGAGCGCUAUGUUUUCAAGUGGAACACCGCUUUUAUGGACAAAGUCAUCCUACUUCGGAUCUCGGCGUGAAAAAUUUAAUGUAUCUUUCAUCGCAACAGGCACUUGCAGAUUUGGCUUACUUUAUAGAAUUCAUGAAUAUUAAUUACAAGUUACCAGCUGGUACUAAAUGGAUUGCAUUUGGAGGAUCAUAUGCUGGAUCAUUAGCUGCUUGGUUGCGUAAUAAAUAUCCUCAUUUAGUACACGGGGCUGUUUCUGCUAGUGGUCCUUUAUUAGCAGAAAUUGAUUUUCAGGAAUACUUUGUUGUUGUUGAAAAUGCCCUCAAAGAAUAUUCUGAAGCAUGUGUAAAUGCAAUACUAGAAGCAAACAAACAAUUUCAUAUAAUGUUACAUCGUCCUAUCGGUCAACAAGGAAUAGCUAAAAAAUUUAUUUUAUGUGAUCCAAUCAACGAACAUACCAAACGUAAUGAUAUUUCGAAUUUGUAUGAAACAAUAGCAAGCAUCUUUGCUGGUAUUGUACAGUACAAUAAAGACAAUCGUAAUAAUUCCGCAAUGGCUAAUUUAACUAUCGAUAGUGCCUGCGACAUAUUAACGAACGAAACAUUGGGUAUUGCUAUUGACAGACUUGCAAUUUUGAGCACUAAAAUAUUACAAGCAUCAGAAAAAAAGUGUUUGGAUUAUAUGUAUAAUAAAAUGAUUCAUAAACUUCGGAACAUAACAUGGGCUAGCGAAGAAGCAGAAGGGGGACGUCAAUGGACGUACCAAACGUGUACAGAAUUUGGAUUCUUUCAAACUUCGACAGCACGCCCAAAAUUAUUUAGUGAAACUUUCCCAGUAGAUUUCUUUGUGCAACAAUGCAUUGAUAUAUUUGGCCCAAGGUACAAUAUUCAUUUGCUGAAUUCGGCAGUGAAUAGAACAAAUAUUCUGUAUGGAGGAUUAGAUUUAAAGACUACAAAUGUAGUAUUUGUACAUGGAUCAAUUGAUCCUUGGCAUGUUUUGGGAAUUACAAAAUCAGCAAAUCCGCAAAUACCUGUCAUUUAUAUUGAUAGUGUGUACAUAUUAAUUGAAAUUUUUCAUUUUUCGUGUAAUACAAAAAAUUUAUUUAUUAUUAUGACCAUAGGUACUGCUCAUUGUGCCAACAUGUAUCCUCCUUCCAAAAAUGAUCCACUUCAGUUGAAAGCUGCCAGAGUUGAGGUUGGACAUUUAAUAGAUGAAUGGCUGCAUAAUUAAAUAUGAUAUUUUUAACGCUGUGUGUGCUACAUUUAACUACUUUAUGAUAAGUAGUUUUUUAUUUUUUUAAACAAAAAUGAUGUAUUAAAAGAAUUAAAUUUAUCUUAUUAACUUUUUGAACAAUUUGUAUUUUCCUUUAUGAACUUCUGUGAAACAAUUAUGAUACAUAAAUAUUUUUAGUUGAAACAAUUCGUGCAUAACUAAGACUAAAACUAACUAUGUACGUACAUAACAAGUUACUGAAGAUACACGAGUGUUCACCAUUCUGUGUUUAUGUUUAAACAACUAGAAUGCAUGUAUAGAUACAAUUAAACAAGUUUGCCCAUAAUGGCACUAUUACAAUUUUUUGUAGAUUACUGAAGUAUUAAAUAAAUACAUGUACAAACUUACUACGAAUAUCUUACGUCAGUCAAUGAAUAAAUACAUAUCUAUUAAUUA